AUGCAACCUAUGUCGCACACUGGCGGCAACUCAAAAUUUUGCUUUACAACUUUCAGGAUGGCCACUCAAAAAGAAUUAGUACACCCCGAGUUUGCUGUCCGACCAAUAAUGUAUACUGGUCUAGGUGACGUCGUUGGUCGCAGUGUAUGGUCAAGUGAAGAAGCAUCUUCCCUGUGUGCGAUUCCAGGGUCCAAGGUGGCAGAUUCGACCAACUUUCCACAUCCGGUUGCUGAAUCACUUGCAAAGCAUGGGAAAUCAGCUGAAAAAGCUAACAGAAUGCAAAUACUGGCCUCUGCACAAGGUCUUCAUGCACCUCUACGCCUAUCUAUGGAACAACGUAUAAUGCGACGUAUUCAACCCCGUCUCCCUGGCUUAUAUUCACACCAUCCAUUGGCUGCUCAGUUGGAUGGCAGUUUAGAUGAGAUUGACAUAUCUGACUUCAUCAACCCCGCAGAAGAUUCUGAAUCAGUUGGAAUGCCUCAGUUAAUGAUGGAACAUAAACUUGGUCUAUUGUAA